CUGCAAGUAGAUACACGUAUCGUAUUAAUUGAUGGAAUACCGAAAGUUCUAGGGUAAACAAAAUCCCUUAAAUUCAAGUCAUCGUUAGGGAUUACAAGUUUAAAUCGCUUCUAUGUGUAUGGGCAUGAAUAAACUUGUGCUUUGGAGUCGCGUGUGUGUGAGUAAAUCACCCUUAGUGUGUACAUCAUUUACGAAUCCAAAAAUGCUACUUUCCCGCUUGCUCUCGCGAGUUGUUGUAAUAAGUGUAUGUGUGUGAGUGAGUCGGGGCGUACAGACGAGCUCGCGAGCUCGAUGCGGCUGUGUGCGCGGACGGUCCGGGCCGUUGUAGCCCCCGCCAGUAGCGAGCCGCCCGUAGCGGCACCGAGACGCGCUACGCCGUAGACGAUCGCACAUUGUGUUCCGCCUACGCAGCUACGCUAUCGGACAAUAGCGCCGGCGACGAUUCGUGCCGUUUUGUUAUUUUUUGUUAGAUGUGAAUAAAAGGGACGCUUUGUGAAUGUCACUCAUAAAAAGCGUAGACGGUACGCUAAAAGAUGACGUCCUUUGUUCACGGAACAGACAGUUUUGUACAGACUUAAUUUUUGAACAUUGAUGUAUUAAUGAUACAAAUGACUGGGACGGCUCUGAGCGGGAUGUACUGUUAGAGCCGCGGUGUGUUUAAUGAACGAAUAUCUGGCAUGUUGUAAUCCAUGUGACGUUUGCUUGUGUCAGUGGCCGUAAUUAAUAACAGACGAUUGAAUUGCGAGUGCCAACAUGGAAUUUCUGUUUGCGCUAAUCCAGUUUCGACUGUGAGGUACAAAAAUGUCUACCAAACAACUCGUCAGAAAAAUGUUGUGACAAACACAGGACCUGGAUGAGAAGGAGCCAAAGAUGUGUCUCCUAAAGAAUUUCCAAGACGUAUUCAAUAACAGAACCUUCCUAUUCAUCUUAGUGCUAUUAUCAUUAAAACUGUGCAGUCCUCAAGACCUGAACGAGGAAUUCGUGAAUGAGGACAGUUUGGAUACAAUUUCCGACAUUAUGGUUGUGCCUGUGAAAAGAGUGAAGUUUCCUAGAAACGCGCAGAAUCCUUGCAGACUGAGCGAGCUCCUGUGUGAUACGGGACAGUGUAUAUCGCUGGACAAGUAUUGUAAUGGAGAGGACGACUGCGGAGACAAAAGCGACGAGCCCAAGUCUUGUACACCUUGCAACAGGACGUACAUGGGCGACGUGGGUCGCACCUACGAGCUGGAAGUGCGGCGGCCUCGCGAGGACCACCUGCCUUUCGUGUGCCAUCUCAACUUCACUGCCACCGGGGGGAACUAUGGGGAUAUCAUACAGUUAACAUUCGACACAUUCACGGUGGGCAAGUUCGUCUCGUUCACAUCCGACGGCUGCCCCGACGGUCACAUGACCAUCGUCGAGAGGAGCCCCUCCCCUCCCACCGGGCAGUGGUGCGGCUCAGCAUGGGGCUAUACCGUCUACUUCAGCGAGUCGGACUCCAUCAAUAUGACCCUGAGACUGGACCGCCUCAGCCAACAGGGCGUUGGAUACAAUUUCGACUUCAAGUUAGCUUACAAGUUUCUAAGACGGAGUGAAGCGCGGUUGCGGUACGGGAACGCAACUGUGGGGGCCUGGAGGGGGGAACGGGUCCCGGGGACCUACUGCGACCGCAUACUGAGCGACUGCGACCUGCGAGCCUGCCGCAUCCAGUCACCCAACUUCCCGGGGGUGUACCCGCGAAACGCCACCUGUACAUACCGCAUCGAACAUACCAAGAUACCAUCGGAUAAGCAUGUUUUACUAGCAGUAAGACAAACAAACAGUCAUAAAAUACAUAUCAAAGACCAAAUAGUCAAAUACGAUAGAAGUCAGAGGGUUUUAAAAAUUUGGGACCAGUGCAAUGUUGUCCAGGAUUACCUGACAGUGUGGGAUGGCCCCACUCGAGAAUCUCCCGUUUUGGUUAGACUGUGUGGAGGGGACGCUGUGCCUGAUAUAGUCAGCCGCGGGCCUAAUAUGCUGUUGGAGUUUCAUACAUCGCCGUAUGACAAUCCGUUUCAUCCAGUGCCAUUGAGCUAUCUACCGGGAUUUGAACUUGAAGUUCAGGUGCUGUACGUGGACAAAGAUUCACAUUCGUACGUGCGUUUAGACGGUCGGUGCCGCUUUGUACUUCGAUCCUCAGACAAAACUAGCGGAGUUCUGAGAAAUCCUCGACAUUCCCUGCCGCCGAAUACUUCGUGCGUCUACUAUUUUCAAGGUCGACCCAACGAGAUCGUGUGGGUGUCUUUCGUGAAGUACCAUUCAGCAGGCACUGAACCUGCAGGAUUUGACCAGCAGAAAGACUGCUCCUCACAGCUGACCAUUUGGGAUGGGGCUGCGCCUGAUGCCGAUCUUGAGAGAAAGCUGGACAUGGCGGACAAGCGUUCGUUGCUGGGGUCGUUCUGUCGCGAGGAGUCGCCACGACUCUGCGACCACGCUCUUUUAUCAAACGCAACGCGGGCCACUCGGCCCUGCGCUCCAUCUGAGAGCUACAUCACUACGGGACCGGCACUUACGAUCCUACAGGAACUCCGUCAAGGAUCGGCGUUGUACCCCGUCUCGUUCCUACUCCGGUAUGAAUUCGUGGAUGUGAGCGAGCAAGGGCAGCCGUUGGUCGAUUCCCAGUCAGCCUGCGACAGAAUUUUCAAAUCCGCUCAGACUUAUUCGGGAAGAUUUCAAUCUCCCAGAGCUAUUUUCUAUUACGGGCGAGGCGGUGCACAGAAUCUCACUUGUAUCUUAAGAUUUGAAGCAAAGCCCGGAGAAAGGAUACAAUUAACCUUUACUAGUAGUUACUUCGGGAACAAACAAUGUAGUACAUACAAAGACUCCCGGGUAGGCCGCUGGAAAUGUGAUAGGCCUGCGAAAAGAACAAUUGGAGGCGAAGGCUUCGCACAGAUUAUUAUUACCGAAUAUCCUUGGGAAGGAGUGCCUAUUCAAAGGGAUUGUCUUUGUACAAAUCGAUCUGAACCCUUAACUAUUCAUACUUUGACUGCUCCAGUUGUUGAAAUCAACUUUACAGUGACAAUGAUGAAUAUUACAGAAGAUUACGAUGAUUUUACUUUUGAGGGUGAAUACAAAUUUAUUCCAAGUGGACCUGGCGAUGAAACAGUAUGUUCAUCCGGCUGGGGGGAAAGAAAAUUAAGAGGAAGCAGUGGAGAAAUAAGAUUAUUCGACAAAAGACAAACUCCAUCAGCGCCAGAAAUAGUUGGGGAUAGGCACGUUAUAUCAGAAAGUGUUAGAGCAGAAGUAUCAUGUGUUCAUAGGCCUUGGCUAAUAGAACCAGGUGGAGAUGAAGUGACUCCUGUACAAGGGAGGUACUUAUACGUAAAAGUACCAGGGUUUGAGGUGACGACAGCCAAGUCAUUUUGUCGUACUCCUAAUAGACUUUUUAUUUAUGAGGCCCGGGACACUUCGCACCCGCGUGAAGUGUGUCCCGAUGGGCCGAACUUCAUUGAAUUGUUUUCACCUGGAUGGCAGUCAGCUCAAACGCCUUUGGAAACAUCGCUUAAACCACAUGCCCGAAGCUACGUUAUUGAUUUUCUGCAACAUGAGCCAGCAGAUUAUUCAAUUAAAUGGAUAGAGGUCAUGAAACAGCCAUUAUUCGAGAACGAUCCCGAUUCAAAUAUUAUGCCUAGUUCUGUCACAUUGGAUUGCCGAUACAACUGUCCGGAGCUCAACGCUUGCAUUCCUUUAACAUUAUGGUGCGAUGGUAGUCCUCACUGUCCAUCAGGUUACGACGAAGAUGAUUCAAACUGUUCAUUCCGCAUAUCCUUGCCGCCACCGUACAUAGCCGCGGCCGCCGGCGUCGGUCUUCUGCUUUGUGCUGUCACAGUCGCAUUAUGCGCAUGUCGGAGGCGUCGAAGAAAAGACAAAGAGUUUAAAGCUCGGUUAGACGGUGCGUUACCCCCAGAAGAAAGACCUUACGAUCGCGCUAAAACCAACGGCGUUCCUGAAGCCACGCGGCAAUACGCGACAGUGCAGAAAUACGCAACUAUAGAUAAGUAUAGUCUGAGUCAAAAGUAUUGUGCGGGGUUGAACGACGCGAGAUAUUACGACGAGGUAGCACAAAGGGAUAAGCUUGCAGAUACAAGGUACGCUAGUUUAGGUCGCGCCGGGCGAGGCAUGCGCGUCGACAACGCGAGAGGCAACGGCGGCACGGGCUCGAGGCGGGCCAUGCCCGAUCUAGGGUAUCCCGAUCUCAAGGAUGGUUUCUGUUGACCCUCUCCGGAUCUAAUAGAAACUACUGUAUAGUGCGAAUACCAGAUUUUGUUUAGGAAAUGAAUGUGUUUGUGUAAAAUUAGAGUGAAGACUGAUUUGGCCAAAGUGCCUCUUUAAUACUUGGCGAAACUUUAAAGAAAUUUGAUCAUUAGUACUAUUGGAAUUCCCCUAAAACAAGAUACUGUUUUUUUUACAUGACGUGUAAGUAAUCUAUUUGUAUAAUUCUAGUGAUGUAAUGAUAUUAAUAAAGUGUAAAUAAUCCUUAACUGAUUGCCAUACUAUUGUGUUACUUAAUUGACAUGUUUCACGCAAAUAUAGUAGUAAUAAUAAUUCGUGCAAUAGAAUAAAUAAAUAAAUGUAUGCCACAUAAGUUUCACUGCAAGUCCUGAAACCUUAAAAACUGACAAUUAUUUCAAUUUUAACAUCCUAUAGAAUUGUAUACCCAAAUAACAUAUCUAAAUGUAUAUAAAAAGCUUGACAAUACAGUUUUAAGAUACAAUUUAAACAGUGUAUUGUACUGAAAAGUAAUUAGGUAUGUCAGAGAAAAAUGAGUGGAAGAAUAUCGUGUGUGAAAGAAUAAAAAAGUAAUUUAAUGUUUAACAUGAAACAUUCUAAAAUAUAAUCACGUCAUAACUAACCUCGAACCGAAGUAACGUUCAACAUUUUAAAAGGUCAUUAUUAUCUAUGUUUUAUUACCCUAUACCGUUAAAAACUUUUUUUGUUACUUUACAAUCAUUCAAUAUUGUAUUUUUUAUGCUAAUUUUAACUUUUUUUACAAACUCAAAAUAAACAUGGAAAUAAUAUAAAACAAGGAUUGUUAGAUUAUAAAAACAUUUCAAUAGGUAUUUGAAUAUUCAGAUCUUUUUUCUCAUUUUAUUCAUCAAGGUAUUAUUCAGGGGGAUUUUAUUCAUUCAUUUGAUCAGGGUUACUUUGUGCAGAAUUGUGUUUUAAAAUAAAACUCGAAUGUUUUUAACUCAAAAUGCAGUCCAAGUACCUUUUACCAUUUACCAUUAUACUUAUAGUGUUACAACCGGUACAACCCUAAAUUCAGUAAAAUGCUGCAAAUGGUGUUAAAGGUAUGAAAAUCGGUACUAUUGAUCUUUAGACCAUUUGAAUCAAUUUGACCUGAAGCACUAAAAAUACUAAAAAAGAAAGGAAUUAUGACGUCAUCUUUUUUUUGUAUGGGUAAUAAAUAUUCUUAUUCAGAAACCUAUCGUGUGUGGUAUUAAAUGAAAGGGCUUUUUGAGCCCCUUCUAAAAAUGGCAAAAACACAAUAUAAAACGUGGAUAAAGUAACCCCAAUCUAAGAUAUUUUAAAUAGGACCUGCAGAGCUUACUUAAUAGUAAAAUCAGAUGCAAUCCAUAAAGAUGCCUUUCAUUACACAUUUAUGGGUUAAAUAAGCACAGAGCCGAAUACCCUACUAAGGAUAACUCAAAAUCUUUCAGAAUACCUAUUAUUUUGUGAAUAUCUUCGCUGCGUGAAUGAAGAUAAGCUUUAGAACUUGUGUAUAGUAAAUAAUGCUCACUUUGUACAAGUUAUUGGUUUGAUUAAUACAUUUUGGUUUGAUUAAUACAUUUUGGUUUGGUGAAAUAAAUAAAAUUAUUAAUUUACGGAACUUUUGACUUAGUGCCACACAUAGGCCGUAUUUUAUUGACAGUACCUACAAACAGCAACACUCCUAACUGUACAUCGGUGGACCUUAUUACAAAAGGCAUAAGGUCCACCUAUGUACAGUUAACAGUGUGGGCGAUGGUACUUAAACUUUGACUAUUAUUUCGAUAUCAUUUAUUAUGGCCACUGUUUGAACAAAAAAAAUUUUUUUUUAGAUAAAAUAUGUACGUAAAAUGUACGUACCUACACUAGAAUUGUUACUCAGAUAUUUGAAUAGCAUCACAGAAGUGUUGUUACUGUAAUAAAUAAAAUAUAAAAUGAAAUGUGAUAUAGAAUGUAAAAAUGUUAGAUAAGCGUUCACAAACUGUAUAACUUAAUGUUAAGAUAAAUAUUUUCCCGUGUACAAUAUAGUGGUAAACUUAAGUA